GGACAACUCGGGUUUGGGGCGGGGCUUCUAUCUCUGACUCAGAAGCAACUAGAAAGAAGCUCAGGUUCAUUAAUAAAUUCACGUGUUGUAUCACUGUGUCAACUACUUAGCUUUUCACUUUUACUACUUGCCGAUUAAAAUGGCGCACUAAACACGUUUAAUCCGGCUUCCCAAAAUAUGACGUUGCGUCUCCCGUGUGUGGCGCACGAAGGGACAUCCUCGGUAGGGCAGAGGACCAAGAGGCUCUCCUGACUUGAGGAACCAUCAUCGGCGCCCCGUAAAAGGUGGGAAAAAGCAUCAUGUGGUGGGCUUGGCCAUUCCUGCCUGCUCUGAUGCUUCUGUCGGAACUUUCGGUGGUGACGGUCCAGACGGCACCAUGCCAGACCUGCCAGAAACUUGCUGAGAGUUUAAUAAAGGGCUUGGAGAGAACGGCCAACAAAAACUUUGGGGGAGGAAACACUGCCUGGGAGGAAGAGAAACUGGCAAAGUAUGCUCGCAGCGAGACUCGCCUCCUGGAGAUAGUGGAGAGGGCAUGUGAGAAAACCGACUUUGAAUGCAACCAACUGCUGGAGAAGAUAGAGGACCAGGUGGAGACAUGGUGGUUCCACAGGCAGCAAGAAGCUCCCGACCUGUGGGAGUGGCUAUGCAUAGAGGAGCUGAGACUCUGCUGUCCACCUGGACACUUUGGACCUGACUGUAAAGAGUGUCCAUCAGGCCCUGGUGGUGUGUGUGGAGGUUUGGGCCGCUGUGAAGGCGAGGGGACUCGAAUGGGAGAUGGAGAUUGUGUCUGCGAUCCUGGAUAUUCGGGUCCCUUGUGCCAGAACUGCGCUGAUGGGUACUACAGAGAGAAAAGGGUUAAUAGCAGCACUGGAGCCUGUGCAGCUUGCUUCUACUCAUGUAAGAAAUGCUCAGCGCCGCAGGACUACAAAUGUCUUGACUGCAAACCUGGCUGGAUGCUUCACGACAACAAAUGCGUGGACAUUGAUGAGUGUGGUACAGAGCUGUCUCGUUGUCCUUCUAACACAUACUGUCACAAUACGGACGGAUCCCAUGAGUGCAGAGGAUGUGACCAGGCAUGUGUGGGCUGCAUGGGCAGUGGUCCUGCCCGCUGUAAGAAAUGUGCACGUGGCUACAAAUUGAAAGGAGCCAAGUGUCUCGACGUAGAUGAAUGUAGUGAACGUGCAAUAGCGUGCCCAGGACUCAAUGAGGCGUGCAUCAACGAGGUAGGCUCCUUCCACUGUGAUUGUGCUGAUGGCUUCAUCAGAAGAGACAGCAUUUGUGUAGAAAAUAAGCCUCCAGUUGAUCCAGAGAAAGGGCUUUUUGACGAAAUGACAGACGACGAGGUUCUUGUUCUGCAACAGAUGUUCUUUGGUGUCGUGAUCUGUGCCCUGGCGACGCUGGCUGCAAAGGGCGACAUGGUUUUUACCGCUAUUUUUAUUGGCGGCGUGGCCGCGAUGGCAGGUUAUUGGCUGACGGAGAAGGGGGACUAUAUGUUGGAUGGAUUCCUGAAGGGUCGCUAGGAUGUUGGAGGAUUUGCUGCAUGUAAGUGUGAACUAAUGACAGCUCAGCUGGGGAUGGGUAAUUUUGUAGCCUUAGUGGGAUUCAAAUGGGUUGGGAAGUCAUUGGAAGGGUCUUAAGUAUGUUUGUGUUCAUCAAUGGAGAACAUCUCAACCUGAAGACUACGGCACUGAGAAGUGUGAAGAAGAAUGAAACCACACUGCACUGAUUUUUAAAGGAACUGAAUUCCGUACCUCAUUUGGUAGGGAAAAUGGUUUUGCAAAGACCUCAACUGAUUGUUCAAGUCAUUUAUGAUAUUAACUAAUCUUCAACAUGUCACCAUGUCCAUUGUUUGUCAUAUAUUUCAAUGCUGUGAAGUACGGAAUACCAAUGAUGUUCAUCACAACUCUGGGAAUCUCCAUUAUUGAAUCCUUCUCUGCAGUAACAAUGCAUGACACUGGAAUGAAAGAACAAGUCAUGAUUUGCAUUCAUUUAUUGUCUUUGGCAUGGAUGACCUGUAACAGAUGCAGAAUCAUGCCCCUGCUACAAAAUGUAAAAGGGAAUUUGCUUAGUUUCAAGCUAUAAUUGUUGCCUUUAAUUUAUUUGUCCAAAAAUAUUUAUUAAACACAUUUUCUUUUAUUUUUGUUGACAUAUCCUGUGUAUACCGUUAAUUUAUUCAAACACAUAUUUUCCACCGGUUUGUUGACCUAACUUUUGUUGUGAUAAGUUGUCAUAAUCAUCACAUAGUCUGCGUUGCUUCCCUUAAAUUCAUGUUCAGCUGUAUUCAUCCUUUUAUCGCUACAUAAAAAAUAGGACAGUC